AUGACUCUACAAAUAUUGAAAAUGACCACGUUGCUAAGUGUUUUAUUUACUACACAUGAAAUUUUAGCAUUUCAAUUAAACUCACUUGUAACAGAGCCCCACUCUUUUACUCAAAACCUUCAAAGUAUUCCAAAUUUAUCUAAAAGCGACAAGGAGUACAUUCAAAAUAUCUACUCGAUGAUAAAUGCCUACAAACGAAAUAUGGACAGUAAAAUAUUCGUAGAAACGAGAAAAUUAAUUAAUACGAAAUAUCAAACGUGGAAGCGCAAUGGCGAUCUUAUCAAUUCACUCUUGACUCUACCGAAAGACAUGAUGGACGCUGGACGU